GCACGCCCCGGAAGCGCCGGGGUACCGUACCACCACCAGCAACACCACAGCCAGCACCAGAGCGCACCGAACGGCAAGGUCGCGGUCGUGGCUACGACGGCAGCAAAGGGGUCCGGGACCCCGCGUCGGGAGCAAUCGAGCCGUCGGCUCGAGAAGAACGUUGCUGUGCAAGAUCCCGUAUUGAAGGACUAUCGUCUCGGAGACUGCAUCGGGAAGGGAGCCUUCGGGUCUGUUUACAAAGCCUUCAACUGGGGAACCGGUGAGGCAGUGGCUAUCAAGCAGAUCAAGCUUGUGGAUGUACCCAAGAGCGAGCUGCGCAUGAUUGAGAGAUCGAUCUCUUGAAGAACCUUCAUCACGACAAUAUCGUAAAAUAUAUCGGCUUCGUGAAGACGGCAGACUGCCUCAACAUCAUCCUCGAGUACUGCGAAAAUGGCUCCCUGCAUUCCAUCUGCAAGGCCUACGGCAAGUUUCCUGAGAAUCUUGUCGGUGUGUACAUGACCCAGGUUUUGCAGGGGUUGCAGUACCUGCACGACCAGGGUGUUAUCCACCGAGAUAUCAAAGGGGCCAAUAUCUUGACAACCAAGGAUGGGACCGUCAAGUUGGCCGACUUUGGCGUUUCCACAAGUACUCUCGCCGGGCCAGACAAGGAGGCGCAGGUCGUCGGAACACCGUAUUGGAUGGCUCCGGAGAUUAUUCAACUGUCUGGCGCUACUCCAGCUUCGGAUAUCUGGAGCGUCGGGUGUACCGUCAUCGAGCUGCUGCAGGGGAAACCUCCAUACCACAACCUUGCCGCCAUGCCGGCCCUGUUCGCCAUUGUCAACGACGAUCACCCACCGCUUCCCGAAGGGGUCUCGCCGGCCGCUCGUGACUUUCUCAUGCAGUGCUUCCAAAAAGACCCAAAUCUUCGGGUUUCGGCCAGGAAACUGCUACGACAUGCCUGGAUUACAGGUUGCCGAAGAAGCGACGCACCGGUUGCGAAAGCGCCGUCGAACUUCAGCCAGGCGGUCGAGGAAGUGAAGCAGUGGAACAAGGCGCUUAAGUCGUCCGAAGGCAAUCUCAGGGCAUCGACAGGAUCGGACAUCCCAGGGCAUCGUGCCAAUCCUGGUAGGAUGCCUUUGUCGUUGACCACAAAGCAGAGGCCGCCGGCGGAUGCAUUUCCGGCCCCCGAGUUAACUGAUGACGAUAAUUGGGAUAACGACUUCGCAACGACCAUAUCGCCAUCUGCUCUACAACUUCCCCAGAUCAAGGGCCAAGACAACUUUGGAGGCUUGCUCUCGGGAGAUCGGUUGAAGGCAUUUGCGUCCACCGAUGCCCAGCGGGAGGAUUCCGAAAACUGGGAUUCGAAUUUGGAAGGCGAACUAGUGACGAUCAAGGGGCUAGGCCACUGGUCCGAAGUUGAUCCUCAGGAAGAAACCAUCCGCCCGACGCCCAAGAGGGCAGAAAAGACCCGAGAGUCGAGGCUGAAGUUGCCCGAGAGCCAGGGUCACCGGCGCCAGAGGAGUAGACAAGGUGCAUCAAACGCCGCUCAACCGAAGUCACCUGGGCGGCCGCUCGCCAUGAAGUUUGAGCUGCCCCCGCGCCCAGAUGUGAUCUACCGCGAGCAGUCAACCGAGGAUUACUCUGAUCUGUUCGCCGACAACGAUCACGUCUUUGACAGAAGGCUGAGCCUUGCCCACAAGGAAACCCCCCAACUGUUUCACCCGUCUGAUCUCACAACCAGCGCUCCUAAAUCAGCUCAUUCUUCCAGUGGCGGCAGUAGUCGCCGGUCAAAGACGACUUCCCGCCCCGCCCUCCUCGCUCCGGACCAACCGGUCCGCCGCACCCGCUCUACUGUCGAGAUUACCAAGUUUGCCGAAGACGAAGGCGAUGAGGAUUUCUCCGACAUCUUUGGCGCGGCGGGCGAUGGGCUCACCGAGCCAGAGGAGAGCGACCGCGGCUCGGAAACAGAGGGCCAGGGCGGGCAGCUCGUCCUCUCACGCCUGUCGAACAACUCGUGGCUGGGAGACGACGAGGACGAAGAUGAUCCCUUCGCUAUGAUGGACCCCGGCUGGGACGAGAUGGACCUCCAGGCGAACAUUGCGCGGGAUCGGCACGCGAGGCUUGUGCAGCGAGUUGAGGAGUUGGUAAAGAGCCUGAAGAUCACCGAGGGCGAGGAGGUGGUGGCGGAAGUGGCCGAGGAUUUGUUGGGGUUACUGUGGGAGAACAGCGAGGUCAAGAACUUGAUCAUCGGCGCACACGGCUUGCUGCCGAUCCUCGAGAUACUCGAGCCUUGUACGCUCAAGAGUCGGCAACACAUGAUCCUGCAGCUGCUUAGGAUUGUCAACGCGAUCAUCCUGGAUGAUGUCGAGCUGCAAGAAAAUCUGUGCUUUGUCGGCGGCAUCCCGAUUGUCACCAAGUUUGCCGCCCGGCAGUACUCAAACGAUAUCCGGCUGGAGGCGGCUGCUUUUGUUCGCCAGAUGUACCAAACUUCCACGCUGACGCUACAGAUGUUUGUUAGCGCCGGCGGUCUCAACGUACUGGUCGAAUUUCUCGAUGAGGAUUAUGAGACAGCCCAGGACCUUGUCUUGAUAGGGGUCAACGGCAUCUGGAAUGUUUUUGAGCUCCAGGGCCCGACGCCGAAGAACGACUUCUGCAGGAUCUUCUCACGGAGCAAAAUCCUGGAUCCGCUAGCUGCCAUCCUGCACAAGGUCUUGGACGAGGAAAGGGAUGAACUGUCGGAGCUAGUGGAAGGCCGCAUUGUCAAUAUUUUCUACCUGUUCUCGCAGGCGGAGCCGUACGUCAAGGAGGCCGUUGCCGAGCGGCAGGUUCUUAAGACGGUUCUCAAGGACCUUCGACGAAUGACACCGGCGCACCAAAUUACCAUGCUCAAGUUCAUCAAGAACAUGUCAAUGUGUUCCACUGUGCUCGACGCUCUGCACUCGGCGGACGCCAUCGACUUCUUGAUAGAUGUGCUCAGUCUUUCGAUGAAGAAGGGGCAGAAGAACUUCCGCGAGAUCUCGAAUCAAGUGCUAAAUACCAUGUUCAACCUUUGUCGCCUGAGCAAGGAGCGGCAGGAAUACGCGGCCAGCAACGGCAUCAUACCGCUACUGCUUAAGAUCAUGAAGACGGACCGGCCGCCAAAGGAGUUUGUCUUGCCAAUCCUCUGCGACAUGGCUCACUCGGGAAGCAAGGGGAGGAGGUAUUUAUGGCAGAACAACGGAUUGGAUUUCUACGUGUCGCUCCUCGCAGACCAGUACUGGCAGGUAACAGCGCUGGAUGCCAUCCAUGUGUGGUUGCAGGAGGAAACGGCAAAAGUUGAGAGCCACCUGCUCGAAGGAGGAUUCACCGCGGCGAUCAUAUCGUGUUUCAAUCCCACGAAAGCCAACGCCUUUGACCCCAACCUCCUGGAGCCAUUGCUCAAGGUUCUCCGGUUAAGCCCGGCGGUGGCGGCGUCCCUUGCCAAGGCGGAAAUAUACGCUGGGAUUGCGCAGAAGCUCAGUCACAAGAAGGCCGUCGUCCGCCUCAACCUGCUGCGUCUGGUGCGCAACAUCAUGGACGGAUGCGAGGCGAACAACCUGCCUAUGUCGGCUCUUGGCACUUCUGGUACGGGCCGUCAGCUGCGCAUUCUGUUCGACAACAUCCAGACGCUUGCGGAUAAGGACCCAGCAGUGCUGGUGCGGAAUUUGGCCUCGGAGCUUAUCCGAAGCCACGUCGACGUCGAAUUGCAGCACGACGCUAUGUCACUCGGCAACAUGGGGUUGGGUGCAGUUAGCAGUGCCGCCAGCAACGCGGGCUCAGGGCCGCGCUCCCGCUCCGGUGCACGCCGCAACACAAGCUACACUCCUCCGGGCCUGCAUCUCAGCAUGUCCAUGCCGCCCACGCCGACGCACGGGCACCGCCUCACGCAGUCAUUCUCGGCGGCAUACAUCGAAGUCGCCGCCUCCCCGAAGCGCUCGGCCGCCGGCCUCACACAGGAACGCGACCCGUCUUUCUACCGCCCCCGGAGCCGCGACGGGGGCAUGCCGAUCCCAGCGUCCAGCAUCCCCCGGCGCGUAUCCGACACACCGCCGUUGGCCUCACCGGAUGGCACCAAUUCAGCUGACUCUAGCUCGACUCCGGCGUCCAGAUCCCGCCUCCCGCGGACCUCGACUGCACCACAACAACAGCAAUACCAGCCGCUCUCGCGUCCAAGCCUACCAACAGCGGCAUCGGCGCCGCCAAUCUCCAUUGCCUCCGGCGGGCAAGGAGCAGGAGCAGCUGGAGGAGCGGCAGGAGGUGGAGGAGGCCGCCGCGCGGGAAGCGGAGGACGGAGCGAGUCCUUCAGUCACCACCUCAGUAGCAGCUACAAGGAGAACUAUAGCAGCCAGGGUUACCUCCAACUCCAGGCGGGUAGGCUCCGCUCCGGAUCGUCUGUCACAGUGGCUAGCGUGUCUUCUGCUGGCGGCGCUUCCAGUGGGACGCAGUACUCGGCCUCACCGACGGGAAGCGCCGUUUCAGCCGGCAGUGGGAACGGCGGGCUGAUGCCACCUGUUGUUCCGGGCUACGGGGUUUCCGGUGCAGGGGAGGUCAGCGGCGGAAGCAGCGGUUCGAGUGGAAAGCGGAGGAGUCGGGCACCUAGCUCCAACUCGAAUGCCGGGUCGGAGGGGAGGUGGCCUUAGCGAUGCCACGCUCCUUUGCGGCCGGUCUCCCGGGUCGCGGGUGCGACUGGGGGAAUUGGUGGAGACCCUAAUGGUGCCUGUGCUCGUACUAGCAGUAGUGGUGGUGUUGGUGGUGGUGGUGGUGGUGGUCGUGCUGCUGCUGUUGCUCCUGCGAUUGCUCCUGCGACUGUACGCAGUUCUGCUGCACCGGGAAGCAGAGCGAG